UGACGAUAACACACCGCAUCGUGUGACCAUCAUACCACGACCGCGACUGUAUACACUCGUAAACUUUAAUUUUAACUGUUUAAUAAGUUUAUAUUUUUUGUGUGAAGUUAUUAAGUGAAUAUUCUAUGUGCUGUGGGUUUUAUGCAAUGUUUUUCUUAUAGACGGCGCGUCGUAAAAGCAGCACGGACGAAGCGGGACGCAGUCCAGGGGACCAGGUCCAGUGCGGUGCGGUGCGGUGGCGGCAUGGUUCGGUAGCAAUAUGGCGCUACCGCUAUGGAUAGCCGCACUAGUGAUCGUGGCGCCCUCUGUAUGGACACAAGCGAUCCAGGACAGCCGGUGCUAUCUGAUGAAUGGCGGCGCCGUGGAGAGCUUUUUCAUCAGCGAGGACACACCCGUCAGCAGCGUCAUUGGCACCCUGAGUGUGAACGGCGACCCCAGCGGGGAGGGAGACAUCGCACUGUCGGUGUCGGAGCGCGGCGCGGGGCUGGUGAUCGCGCCCGGCACCAAGAACCUGACGCUGGCGCGCGCGCUGGACCGCGAGGAGCAAGCCGGCCCCAGCAGCCUCUACGUCAACGUGCGCUGCGAGCGUCGCCACACCACCGACCCGAGCUUCUUGAUCCCCGUGUCGGUGCGGGUGUGGGACGUGAACGACAACGCGCCAGUGUGGCGCGGGGCGCCGUACCGCGCGCGCGUGUCGGAGCUGGCGGCGGUGGGGGCGCGCGUGCUGGCCGCGCCCGCAGCCGACGCCGACCAGCCCGGCCCGCACGCCACCGUGCACUACGCAGUGCUGCCCGGACCCUAUAGCGAGUACAUCGGGUUCGCGAACGAGCUGGACAGCAUGCUGGUGGUGAAGAAGCCGCUGGACUACGAGAGCGUGCGCAACUUCACAGUGCGGCUGCGCGCGCAGGACCAGGGCGCGCCCCCGCGGUACAACGACACCGAGCUAUAUGUGCAGGUGCUGGACGCAGACGACCAGAACCCCAAGUUCACGCAUGACCACUACACGGCCGUCCUGCCCGAUGAUAUGAAGGAGGGCACGGUGCUGGAGACGCUGCCGGGGCCGAUCUCCGCGGAGGACCAGGAUGCGGGCAUCCGGGCGCCGCUGCAGUACUCGCUGGGCGGCGCGGGGGCGGGUGUGGGGGCGGGGGCGGGGGUCACAGUGGAGCGCGACACCGGCCGCGUGGCUGCCACCAGCUUGCUGCUCGACCUGGACCUGCCCCUCACUGUUGUCAUCAAGGCGACGCAGGUGGACAACCCGGACAGGUACGCGCUGGCCGCGCUGGAGGUGUCGCGGGGGGCGCGGGGGGCGGCGCGGCGCGUGCGCUUCCUGCGCCGGGAGUACGCCGCUCGAGUGCGGGAGGACACCGCGCCCGGCCUCGCCCUCCUCGCCCUCCACACCGCGCCCGCUCAGAACCCGCUGCAGUUCUACGUGUCGGACAAGAGCUUCCUGGACAAGUUCGCGAUCAACGGCGCGGGCGAGGUGCUGCUGCGCCGCGCGCUCGACUACGAGACCGCGCAACUAUACCACUACCAGGUCAUGGUCACCGACGGACUCUCCAACGACACGGCGUCGGUGAAUAUAAGCGUGAUAGACGUGAACGAGUGGGAGCCGCGCUUCCGCUUCCCGCACUACGAGUUCCGCGUCGACGUGAACUCAUCCCCCCACACCUCGCCCGCGCAACAUCACCACCUCGACUUCGCGAGCAGCGGCAUCAGAAGUGUGGAGGAGGGCGCGGAGGAGCAGGGCGAUGCCGCAGGAGACGUGCGCGUGGGUCGUCUGGACGUGCACGACGGCGACGGGGCAGACACUGUGGACAUCUCCCUGCGCGGACCUGACGCUGAAAUCCUGUACGUGAGGGAGGGCGGGGAGCUGUUCCUGCGGCGGUCCGCGCUGUCCGCCCUCAACUCCUCCGUGCUGCACGUGGUGGCCACCGCCGUGGACUCCGGCACUCCGCCCCGGCAGACGUCGGUGCCGGUGUCGGUGCACGUGUCGGGCGGUGCGGCGGCCGGGGGCGAGCGGGGAGCACGCGCGGCCGUGCUGGGCGGGUUCGCGGCCGCGCUGGCGCUGCUGCUGCUGCUGGUGCUGGUGCUGCUCGCCUACAUCUGCCAUGCGUAA